UGUCGCUUCGAGAAGCUUUCGCCGAACGAUCUUAUAUUCGAAAAGUCUCGCUAUCUUCAAUCAAAUCCAACAAAUAAUACCAUCUUUGUGGGCUCUUGCGUGAGACAUGUGCCUCUUUCGAGAGAGAAGCCCGAGCUUAUCGAGGAUGCGCUGAACAGAGGCUCAACCUUGAUCGAGCGGUUUUGUGCAGGGAUCCUCAUGUUGACUUAUUGGCAAACAGGCACAAGGAUCACAGAUCGCUUCACUGUCAUAGACAGGAACUCCAGUUCUAUCAUCAUGCGAGGAAAUCUCUAGCCGUAAAAGUCCAAACGGACCACCAGAGAAUGUAGGGAUGGAGAUCGAGAUGGAGACAUUUCCCAAAGUCAGCGUAUAAGUCGACAAGGAACGCCGUCUUGUGUGGUUUCGCUUCAAUAAUCUGUUCUGUCAGCAAGACCCAACAGGGACACGUUCGAUUCCAGUUGCCAUGCUUUGGCUUCACUUUCAAUACUACAAGCUAUUAGUCCAGAGCGGAGUCGACUCUUGUACAUAGAUCUCCGGUACUGAUUACCACAUUUUGUAUCACAACGAGAUGCGGGGGUUUAAAAUGUGACAAUGGUAUUGAAAAGUCUCGGAUGGCGUUUUUUUGCGCCAUAUUCAUUGCAUAUGCUUUGUUGGCUGUAACGCCGAAAUAAGUAUAUCCCCCAAUAAGCGAGUGCAUAAAGCAAACAAUCUGGGCUCAUAUCAACGUUAUCUUAUCGGGAGGAUCAUCUUGAGCCCAGCUCCGUCAGCUCUUCACCCUUUGUCCACUU